AUGCCGUUCCGCGCGGCCCAAGGCGGUCCAAUGAAGGGCCGACGUGCCGGCGGGGAUCUGCGAGAGCGUCAAGCACCCGCCGGACAGGGACAGCAAGGCGGACAGACGCCGCAAGCCAGUGGUGCGCAAGCUCAACAGAGCCAGGCUGGUGGACAGGCUCAGGGAUCACCCCAAGCUCAGCAGCCCGCAGCUGCUUCACCCUCAGCCGCUGCCAACCAGGCGUCCGUCCAGGCUGGGCAGUCGCCUGCAGCGGCUGCGGCCGGCGGCUCCUCUGCGGCAACGCCAGUAGGUCAAUCGGUGGCAGCUGGAGCGCCAGCUGCGGCUGCAGCGUCCCAAAGCGGGACGCAAAACGCUGCACAGCCUGCGGGUCAAAACGGGACACCUGGCGGGCCGACCAACCUUCCCUCAGUCGCGGGUGCGAGUGGCUCUGCGUCAUCUACUCACACGUCGUUCUCGGCGCCUCACUGGUCCACGGACCCUGGGGCAUUCAUCAGCAGCACAGUGGACCAUGGCUCCAAGGGGUUAAGCCAGCCCGUAAUAGGCGCUCUUGUUGGCGGCAUCAUUGGCGGCCUGGCCCUUAUCAUCGUAUCGUUUGUGAUCUGGCGCCAGUGUCGUGGCAGAGGCGAGAAGGUCGCACCUCCACCUCCGCGGGAAGUGUCGUACCGCCCGCCGACCAUGGUUGGAAAUCCUCCUCGGUCAAUGAGUAUGACGAUGAGCAGCAGCCAUCGCGUAAGCUCAUACUCGACCCGUGAGUUCCUAGGACCUCGCCCGUCGGGCACCUUCAGGCAGUCGUACUACUCUGCAUACCCGGUUGACUCGCCCACGUCCUCAAUACAGCAAGACCAGUCGCCUCGCUUCCCUUCCAACUCGAUCCCUGGGUCGCCGUCUUUCACGUCAUCAGGUGGAACAACGCCGCACCGUGAUGGCUCGACAGGAUCUGGCACGUCCUCCGGCACCGAAGCGCCAGUGUUCCAAGAACACGAUGGUAGACCACUUCGCCGGGCUGGCAACUCUGCAGACCAGCUCUCGCCGUACGACAAUUUACCGCCCAGCGACGGUUCCGAGUCGCGGACAACCGGAUCCAACUCGCGGACCAGCUCGCCGCCUCCCUCGAUUGCAAGUCGGCUUCCUCAGCGGAACCCGUCCAAUGGCUCGCUCGGUAGUGGCUUGCGGUACGGCGGCACUCAGCGUGGAGCACCCCAUAACCGGUCAAUCUCCAUCACACUCCCCCGCCCCUUAAGCCAGACGUCAAUCAAUGCUCUGGACAGUAAUCCUGUCUCCCCCUUAGGGACGUAUCACCCCCGUCACGGAUUCACGAGCAACCGCACGACGCCUCGCACCUCGAUGUACGGCGAGUUCGGUGCUCAGUCCAUACAAGUGUCGCCUUCUGGUCACCGGCGCGGCCCGUCAACCUCGUCACGUCAUUCGGAAAACCGCCCGGACGCCGCUCAGGUCGACAACCUCCGCUUCGAAGGCCGCGAGGACAUUGUCUGA